AUAGAAAUCCGGUCCGCAAAUCCAAAAUCAAACUGUCUUGAAAUCGAAAACAUCGUUUGUUUUCGAUUUCGUUUCAAAUGUUUUCAAAAACGACAACAUUUUCAUCACAUUCGAAAACAUUUGUGUUUGAAAUCGCCCCCCGCUUUUCUCAAAUUUUCUGAAGCGUAACAACUGUCAAACGCAACCAAAACCGCAACCCAAUUCCAACGCGCGAGUGCAACUGUUUUUGUUUAUGUUUUGAUUUUUGCCAGAAGUGGAAGUGUCAUCGAACAUGAGGAACAAUUCGUCGCCGUGUGGUUAUUUGACGACCUCCGGAUCACGUUCGGUUCUUCUGCCGCGGAAUGACGGGGACGACCCGUCCUGGUUCUUUGGAAGUCCACCAGCAUUGCGGCGCGUAGUUCUUGUUCGACGUUGGCCAGCGACACGUAGUUCUUCGGCGAUGAUGGUUCUUGGACAGCGGCCCGUAGUUCUUUUUCGGCACUGGCCAGCGGAACGUGGUUCUUGUCCGGCGGGUCCGCGUGUUAACCAGCCGCUCGUCCGACGUCUUUGGCCGCACCUAGUUCGGCCAGGUUUCGACAACGGCGCCGAUUCUGAAUCACGAGUGCCGAUUCUCGACAGCGUUCUCCCGUCGCUCCGAUGUUUUCCCUCAGCGGUGUUUUUAUUGGCACGAACUAUGCUAGCAACGAUUUACUUUUCCCGCUGUGGCUUCGCGCGGCUCGGCGUUGAUUCGCAACUCCAUGAAGUGUGACCUCCUCCUUAUCAUCCUGCUCCACGGCCGGCGAGGAAGAAGAUGUUGCCCAGUGGAAAUCAUCAACGAUUCGUUGCCGUGCUGCCGUUGAUUGACGUCCCUUGAAAACUUGGAGAAUUCUUGUCAGAAUCGAUGCUGACGAUGCUGA